UCAUACAACAUGCCCAAAUUGAAGCUGAAGACCUAUUCGAGGUAAAGGUCGAUAUCUUCGGGGUCAUGUCUGGCCUUGAUCCAGAAGGAGAUUGACUGGGACGAGAAGCUAGGGCCCUCGAGAAUCUGCAUACUGCCACAAGAGAUCAUUCCUCGAAGAAACUCCAUACCCUUCUUUCCGAUCUCGAAUCGAGGGGAGUCGAUUCCUGAAUCCUUCUCUCAAUUAUUCCUGCGAAUUGUCCUUUUGUUACCAGGCCCAUAACCAAAAAACAAGGCCCAAAGCCCAAUCACAUAAAUAUACCUUUUCCUUUUGAGAACUUGAAUCCAACAAGAUCUUGAAAUACCAAAGUAGUGUUCAACUCAAAAAUGGCGAAAUCAGCUAUGUAUUCAAUUUCAGUACCCAUUUUGUUAUUGGUAGUAUCUGUAACUGUAUUGUUAUACACAUCAACAUUAGCUGAAGCUGGAGAUUCCUCUUCCUUUGUUAGAAAGACAAUUUCAUCUCAUUCCAUUGUUAUCUUCUCCAAAUCAUAUUGCCCAUACUGUAGGAAAGCAAAGGCUGUAUUUAAAGAGUUGAAGCAAAAACCUUAUGUCAUUGAACUUGAUGAGAGAGAUGAUGGCUGGAGUAUCCAGGAUGCCCUUAGUGAGAUGGUUGGCAGACGUACCGUGCCACAAGUUUUCAUUAACGGAAAGCAUAUCGGAGGAUCAGAUGAUACCGUUGAUGCCUACGAAAACGGGGAGCUAGCUAAACUUCUUGGUGUUAAUGCCAAAAAAGAUGAUCUUUAAAGCUGAAUUUGUUACAUAGUAGUUUCAAAUUCAAUGGCUCUGUAAUGUGAUAUGAUCACCAUAAGUUUUUUUUGCAGCCUUUCGUCUCCUUUGAGGUGUGUGGAGGUUGGAGAAGCUGGUGAUUGUAAUCUGUUAAGACUUCUUGCUACCCAGUUUAGGUUAUAUCCUUUUUGGAUUUCCUGAAAUUUGGAAGCAUGAGCCUCUUUCAAUAAGAACAAGUAUUUGCAGAUC